ACCAUGCUGCUAAAGCAGUGAAGUUCAAAGGUCGAAAACAAAGGCUUUUUGGCUUUCUUGGUCUGAGUCAAGUUGCUCACAGGAUGUCUGCAGCUACUGCUCCUCCAUUUAAUAAAUCUGAAUCGACUCCACAGUCCAUACAGAGGCUAUUGGAUGAAAACUCGCAGUUGAUAAAGGCACUUGUCGAGAAUAUGACCAAUAAAGGGAAAAGUAUGGAGUGCAUACAGUACCAACAGACGCUACAUCGAAACCUAGUGUUUCUUGCUGGACUGGCUGACCCAAAUCUAAACAUUCAGGCUCUUAUUCCAAGUCCUGGUAGCAACCCGAUGGUCCCUAGCUCCACUUCCCCCCUUCCCCCCCCAUCCAGUGGUCCCCCCUAUUCCACUAAUGCAGGCUCCUCCCCUGGUUCAACUCUGGCCGGGGCCGUCAGCACAGGCACUGGUCAACAGACAGUCAGACAGCCACAGGCUACAAUGAACCCUCCGUCAACUUCUCCUGAGACAAUCUGGUCUGCUAAUUCACAAACUGCCCGAGCUACCCCACCAUCUACAAUGUCUGCAGGUCAAUUUCCACCUGGUGGUGGUAUGCGCAGUUUUGACGGAGGAAUGUGGAGUAACCAAGGGCAACAGCAAGGGAUGUAUGGAAUGCAGCAGAGCAGCGGUUUUGGGUCGAUGAUGUCACCAGAUGAUCGUCAGAGACAACAGCAAAUGCUUCGUAUGAGACAAGAGCAAAUGAUCCACGCACAGCAGAUGCGUAGAAUGCAAAUGCAGCAAAGUGGUACUCCCAGUUCAGUUCCAGCUGGCAGUGGAAUGUACCCCGGAAUGGGGCCACCUUCAGGAAUGCUACCUCCAGGUGGAAUGCCUCCUGGUUAUCCCCAGACGAGUAUGAUGCAGAUGUCAAUGCCUCCUGGACCAAUGAACAUGCAUUGAACUUGAUUAUUGUGUAUUGCGUACAAUCAUGUUUUAUGAGUAUUAGUGUGUACCAUUAGGUAGUAACAUCUUCUAUUCAAUGUUCUCUGUAUACGUA